UUCUGGGACCUAUCAAGUAGUGGCAGUCGUAUCUCGCGAGAGAACUAAACAACCAGCUCUAUUUUUCUUCUUCUUCUUACUGUCGUGUUGCAGCCAUGGCUUGAAAGGUUCAUACCGCUACCUACCAUACUGUAGAAUUUAGUGCGGGCCAUAGGACGAGAAGGUGGCAUGUGUUCAAAUCUAUGAGGUCUUGAUGUUUCUCUCGCGAGAUCUGACAACAUCGCGUGGGAACAAAACAGGACGAUGACGAAGCAAAAUGGCGUUUGAUAAAGACGUUAUUAUAUUCUUUGUCGUUUUCUGUUCCUAAUCUGUGCGUACAUGUACCCUUAUAUUAUAUGUGUAUAAUAAAGUAAACAGCGUUAAUAAUUGUUUACAUCCGGAUACAUUAGUCCGAGCGCACUUUGACUCUUCUCGUGCUAGCUUAGCUUGCUAGUUAGCUUGUUAGCUGCUAACAAAGUGACGCAGAAGUUAUCAAUACGUCGCUAAGCAGAGAUCAAGUUUAAGUGUAAAGUGUUGUGAUUGUGUGAAAAUGUGCGAAAGAACGAAAGCAGAGUACAAGGAGGAAGUUUGUCCAACAAAAGAGGAGAAGGAGCGACAACAUCAACUACUGGACGCUGUUUUCAAGGAACAUCAGCUUGUUUUACACACAACAGAUGUCUGUAAAGAACAUCUUCUCCCUGAGCAGCAGGAGUGGACCUGCGGGAUGGAGCAGGGAAAACCACAGCGCCCCCACUUUAAAGAGGAAGAGGAGCCACAGCCCCCACAUAUUGAAAAGGAAGAGGAGUCACAGCCUCCUCACAUUAAAGAAGAAGAGGCGGAGAAACAGACCCCUCACAUUAAAGAGGAAGAGGAGGAACACAGCAUCAGUCAAGAAGGAGAGCAUAAUGAAGGACUGGAGGAGGUUGAUGUCACCAAGAUGCCAUUGACUGAUGUCACUGUGAAGAGUGAAGAUGAGGUCAAAGGUGAAAGUAAGGAGAAGAGAGAGGUGGAGCCUUCAAGCAGCAGCUCAAUUCAACACAUGAAAACAGAAGCUGAUGAAGACCACUGUGGAGGAUCACCAGCAGACAAGCUCUUAGCUCCACUGUCAGAUAGUGACGACACAACGUCACACUCUCCUGACACUGAUGAUGACAUGUCAUGUCACACUGACAUCACACACUAUAAAUGCUCUCACUGUGGCAAAACUUUUAAAUAUCAUAGUCGUUUAAAAAUACACGUCAGAACGCACACUGGUGAAAAACCAUUCAUGUGCUCAAUUUGUAGUAAAAGAUUCUCCCAGAAAGAACAAUUGAAAACUCACAUAAGAAUACACACUGGUGAAAAACCAUAUUCCUGUUCGAGUUGCAACAAAAGCUUCGGAGAAAGGGCAAAACUUGUACUACACAUGAGAACGCACACCGGCGAAAAACCGUACAUGUGCUCAAUUUGUGGUAAAAGAUUCUCUCAAAAGCAGCAUUUGAGAGCACAUGCAAAAAAAAUGACUGCUGAAAAGUUUUCAUCUUCAACCCACGGUAAAAAUUUUACACAAAAUACCGAUUUGAAAGCAUAUAUGACUCCACACACUGGAGACAAACCAUUCAUGUGCUCAGUUUGUAAGAAAAGAUUUUCCCGAAAGGAACAUUUGAAAAUUCACCUAAGAACACACACUGGUGAAAAACCAUAUUCCUGUUCCAACUGCUGGAAAAGCUUUGGCGAAAAUUCCAAACUUAUAUUACAUAUGAGAACGCACACCGGUGAAAAACCAUAUUCCUGUUCAUGCUGCAACAGAAGCUUUGCUGGCCGAUCAUCACUUGUAAAACACAUGAAUCGACGCACUGGUGAAAAACCUGUUAUCUGCUACGUCUGUGGUAAAGGUUUUGUACAAAGUCAAGAUUUGAAAGACCACAUGGAAAUGCACGCUGAGAAAGUGUUGAGUUGCAGUGCGUGUGGUGAAAUGUUCCUUUCUAGGGACCAAUGUAACAAACACAAGUGUGCUGGUGAGAACAGCAGCAGCAAAUGAAGCUGCAGAUUUUCUAACAACAUCACCACAUAUAACAUGUGACAUCAUCGUCGUGUGUGACGAUAUCCUGUUUAAUAUGUUGCUACCAUUUAUAGAUUGGAAUAUUUUAGAUGAGGGAUUUUAUUUUAGUCUACUACAUGCAUUAAUAUACAACAUUGUGUAACAUAUUUAUAAAGAACAAUAAGUCAUUCGAUGGAAAAUGUGGAAACUGAAACAUCAGUUUAUUUUAUAUCCAUUUUAUUUUUGACUAUUUCAUUCAUUUUAGAAAUGUAAACCGUACAAAACAUAUUACUUACAAGAAACGUAAGGAUAUCCAUAAUUCAGUGUUAUGCUGAUACAAAACGGUGUUUUUCAAAAUCUGUUUUAAAUGUAUGGAGUGUUUCCAUAUUUUCACUUCUAAUUUUGAAUAAUUGCAUAGAUGAAUUAUUUGAUAUGACAUACAUAUUUGUUUUACAUUUGUUCAUAUCUUUUUUUUUGUGUACACAUAAAUCACUCUUAGUUCAUAUGUAUUGGUUCACAUCUGGAACAUCUUCUGGACCACUUCUGGAAGCAUAUUUUGUUUUUUAUACAUCAUUUCAACACAUUUGUGUUCUACAAGAUCAAGAUUUGUGAUUAUUUUAUAUGUAUGCACCCAGACAUUUAUUCGAUAAGCAAUGUAUGCUUCAACAAAAGUUGGAUAAAAUUAAUGUAGUUAA